GCCGCAGGCAGAUGCAAGACUGCGCUAUGAUGGACGCCAUCCACGCUUUGCCGCCGGGGAUGCCCUUCGACACGUACUACUCUGGGAGUCGACCACAAGCUAUCUUGCAGACUUGGCCGUUCGACGGGAGCGAGCAUACAGCUGUGCCCACGGCGAGUGUCGCGCCGAAUUUGCCAGUCUGGCAGAGAGCGAGGCACACUACGCCGCCAUGCACCAGCACCGAUGUCACGAGUGUGGGCGUGCUUUCACCACGGCACAUUUUCUUGAUCUGCACCAGUCUGAAUGGCACGAUCCCUUUUUCGACCUGCAGAAACAACGACAACCCAUGUAUCGCUGCUUUGUCGUGACGUGCACUACAAAGAUGGCCAGUCGCAACGAGCGGCGUGAGCACUUGAUUCAAGCUCACCACUACCCGCCCAGCUUUCCUUUUGCUGAUAUGGUUGGCAAAAUGAAGCUGAGUGCCCAAAGCCCAGCGCGGGCUGGAAAACCCCCUCGUCAACAAGCCCCAAAUCCACCCGCUGUGCAGGCAUCAGACGGCAUGGACCAGGACCUCGAUGGUGUUGAUGAAGCUCUGGAGAGCCUCGUCCGUCGAAUUCCUCAAACCCUUAGCUUUGGAC